AUGGCACUCACACCGGCACGGCGUCGGAAGCGCAACAAGCGCUGGCUUUGUGUUGAAUUCCCCACCGUGGAGGAGCUCGCGGGUGUCCCGGAGGAAAAGCUUGCAUCUCUCACCCUUCCAAAGGGAUUUUAUCUGUGGUUUCUCGCGCAUCACAUGCGAACCAUCUAUGCCACGCUGUCCGAGAACGUGUAUCUCACACACGGAGUACUGGACUAUCUCUACGAAUAUAGUCGCUGGGGGCCGAACAGGGUUCAGAACAAGCUGUUUUUAUGUACCUCGUACAACCAGAGUAAACAAUGCAAGAAUGGGUUUCUUUGCCGAGAAGUACACUGUCCCUUUACUGCAGAGAGCGCUCUGGAGGCCAGUGUUUUUAACGUCUUUAGCAACGCCAACGGGUGUCCAACCUCGGCGGAGCCGAAGGAAAAAGGCCCACGGUCCCCACCAAAUGCGUUGCUCUGGCAUGCGUUGCACUCACGAUGGACCCCGUCGUGGGCGUAUCCAGUACUCCCUUCAGGCGUCACAUUCCGUGUGGCGAUGCCAAAUAACCCAAAGCCUGUAGAGAAAUUUGACAGUGGGCGGCUUUUUGUGACCAAAGUUGUGCAGGAGCAUUAUGGACGUUUCUUACGCAACGAACCUCCAGCUGUUGCCCUGCAGCACUGUGCCAACUACUCCAAAAAUGGCGUCUGCUGCUUUGGUCCAAAUUGUCAGUUUGUACAUGUGGUGAGCUACGCCGGAGAGCGCGCGGAGACGGAGCGAUCCCUGGAUGAGGAUUCUACAAAUAGUGAAAAUUGCAAUAACAUCGCUUUCCAGUCGACGUCAACCGCACAGAAGAUGAGUACCAUGGCGCCUACGGACAGUUCCGCGGAAACUCUAAGGACAGGUUGCUCCAUGUUGCGCCUUUCGCUUCCCUCGUCGCCCGCCGCCUCGGCGACAGCGUCAUCAGGCGUUGUUCCCACGCAAAGUAAGACAUCUGACACCAACAUGCCAAAUACGCAGCUUGUAUUUUUUCCGGCGCCUGUACGCCAAGCUGCGAACGUGCCGCCACACGGAGAUCCCUACCAACCGCAGCCACAACAGGAAUUACAACGGCGGCAAUUUGAACCUGGUCCACCACCGGGGAACCCAUCUUCUUAUUUUGCGCCCACCUCGCAGUUCUACCUCUUGCAAGGACCAAAAACCCCACUGUCAUUAUCGGCUCAUGAAAUGUAUACAACAUUUAUGUUCCCUCCACAGGAGGUCAACAUGAAUGACGGAUCAUCUCUUUGUUUUAUGUCGUAUUGA